UUGUAUCAGUUUAUUAAGGCUGUGAAAAUGUUCAUGCUGGUUGUGAACACCAACAAUCACUGUAAUGAGCAGGUUUAUUACAGAUUACAUGUGAAUGAAAGAAUCAAUCAACAUCCACAUUUUAUGUCUCCUUACAGAGUUAAGGCAGAUACCUAAGGAGGAGCCACCUUUCACGGAACAUGGAUCAGCCAUGACACGCAGCAGCAGCCUUACAUGGCUGCCACCUACCAUGUCUGAGCUGAGGGUUGUUCUUCUGGGGAACAGCUGGUCUCAGAGGAGUUCAGUGGGGAACUUCAUACUGGGACAGACUGUGUUCAACACUGAGGAAGAAGCAAACUGCUGUCUGAGUGAAAGAGGACAGGUGAAGGAGAAAGAAAUGAUUCUCAUCAACACCCCAGAUCUGCUGCAUCCAGACAUCUCUGAAGACAAACUGACAGAACAUUGGAAAACCUGUGAGAGACUCUCUGAUCCUGGACCUCAUGUGUUCCUGCUGGUUUUACAGCCUGAAGACUUCACUGAGGAACACAAACUGAAGCUCUGCAGAGUCCUUCAACUCUUCAGUGAUCAAUCAUUUGAUCAUUCACUGAUUCUGAUACCAACACCCAGAGAGGAAAGUCCAGGAUUCAUGGAAAAAUACAUGGAACACCGUCUAUUAAAAGACAUGAUCAGAAAAUGUAGAUACAGACAUUUGGAUCAAAGGAACAUUGAACUUUCAGAGCUGUUAACACGUUUGGGUCAAAUUGUAAAGGAGAACAAUGGAGAGCACGUCAGCUGGGAUGUGUUUGAGGACGCAACAUCGACUUUACCAGGAGAUCACCAGAGACCAAAACAACAGGAAACACAGACUUCUAUCAUGGGUGCUGUUAAAGCUGCUGGGCUGAAAAUAUAUAAAAAGGUCACUGGACAACAAACAAUGAAAAACCCUUUGACUGACACAUCUGGAUUUAGGAUUGUGCUGCUGGGAAAAAGUGAAGACAAACAGUCAAAACUUGGUAACUUCAUUAUCGAGGACCAGACUUUUCAUUACCAAAUAACUUCUCCAACCAAACAUUGUGUGGCGGCCUGUGGAGAGUUGAGUGGAAAACCAUUAACUGUAGUGAAAACUCCAGACAUCUUCAGUAUUUCUGAGGAUGCAUUAAGAAGAGAGAUGAAGAAGUGUGUGAGUCUUUGUCCUCCUGGACCAAAUGUUCUUCUGCUGUUAGUGAAACCUUCUGAUUUCACUGCAGGGAACAGACAAACACUGAAGUUCAUCCUGAGUUUGUUUGGUCAAGAUGCUUUAAAACACUCGAUGGUCAUCAUGACACACAAGGAGAACAAAAGUUCUACAGUGAAUCAGCUCCUUACAGACUGUGGAGGAAGACACUACAACAUGUCUGAAGGUGACCACAGAUCAUUAAUGCAGAGGAUUGAGAACAUUGUGUGUGAAAACAAAGAAACCUUCCUCACCUUCACUGAAGACACCACAAGGCCAAUGUCUGAAGACAUGAAACCAGCUUUAAACCUGGUUCUGUGUGGGAGGAGAGGAGCAGGGAAGAUUUCAGCAGCCAAGGCCAUUUUAGGUCAGACAGAGUUUCCUUCAGUCUCCAACUCAUCAGAGUGUGUUAAACAUCAGGGAGAGGUGUGUGGACGUCGGGUUUCCCUGGUGGAGCUGCCUGCCUUGUAUGGAAAACCUGAGGCAGUGAUGGAGGAAUCACUCAGGUGUAUCUCCCUCUGUGAUCCUGAGGGGGUCCAUGCUUUCAUCCUGGUCCUACCUGUGGGUUCCCUCACUGAUGAAGACAAGGGCGAGUUAAAGACCAUCCAGAACACAUUCAGCUCUCGAGUCGAUGACUUCACCAUGAUUCUGUUCACUGUAGAGUCAGAUCCUACAGCUCCGGAUGUUGUUAACUUUGUACAAGAAAACAAGGACAUCCAGGAGCUCCGUCAGAGCUGUGGAGGAAGAUAUGUUGUUCUGAACAUCAAGGACAAGCAGCAGAUCCCAGAGCUGUUGGACAUGGUGGAAAAAAUGAGAGCUGGAGGAUCCAGAUGCUUCACAAAGGACAUGUUCACCAAGGCUCAGAUGGAAAAGGUUUACAGACUUGAAGCUGAGCUGCAGGAUGUUAAACAGAGAAGUGAGGCUGGAGGUGAUGAAGAGAAUCAGAACAGAGAGUGUCUCAGGAUGGUGCUGAUUGGGAAGACUGGCAGUGGGAAGAGUACAACUGGAAAUACUAUUUUAGGCAAAAAGCAUUUUGAAUUCAAAGCCAGCCAAAAGUCUAUCACCAAGAUUUGCCAGAAAGCAUCAGGAGAGAUUGAUGGGCGACCUGUCGUUGUGGUCGACACUCCCGGAUUGUUUGACACGACUCUGUCCAAUGAUGACGUUCAACAGGAGCUUGUGAAAUGCAUCAGCAUGUUGUCUCCUGGACCUCAUGUGUUCUUACUGGUGCUGCAGAUUGGCCGAUUUACACAAGAGGAAAAAGAAUCUGUGGAACUGAUCAAGAAAUAUUUUGGCAAGAAUUCCCAAAAUUUCAUCAUUGUUACAUUCACCAGAGGAGACGACCUAAACAAUCAAUCAUUUGAAAGUUAUGUAAAAGACGACUGUGAGGACUUUGUCAAAAAACUGAUACAUGACUGUGGAGACAGAUAUCAUGUUUUUAAUAACAAGGAUCUGACAAAUCGUACUCAGGUCAGCAAGCUGCUGACACAGGUUGAGUCAAUGGUGAGGAAAAAUGGCGGCAACUGUUACACCAAUGAGAUGUUUCAAGAGGCAGAGAUAGCAAUAAAACAGGAAGUGGAGAGAAUCCUUAAAGAGAAGAAAGAAGAGAUGGAGAGACAGAAGCAGGAGCUAGAACGAAACCAUAAGGAAAAAAUACAAGAAAUGGAAAGAAGAAUGGAAGAACAGAGAGCAGAAAUUGAAAAGGAAAGAAAACAGAGAGAUGAACAACUUGAAAAAAUGAAAGAAAACAUAAAUGAGGAGCGUAAACAGAGAAAGAAAGAACAGGAAAAGAGAAAGAAGGAGGAGAACAAAAGGAAAAGGGUGGAAGAACUUAAACAACAGGAAUGGGAAGCUCUGGAGAAGAAACUAAAGUCAGAAUCAGAGAAAAAGAAAACCACAGACAGAAAGUUGGAACAGAGCAGAGAAAAGAUGAGAAAGGAACGAGAGAACUGGGAAAAUGAAAGAAAAGAAUGGUGGGAAAACCGAAAUCUAGAAGAUGAGCAGCGACAACAUGAGGAGCAAGAAAAACUUAAAAAGCUUCAAGAAGAAUACGAACAGGAAAGAGAAAAAAAUGAACAGAGACGAAAAGAAGAAGAUCGAAUCAGAAGAGAACAAGAGAAAAAGGAAAGAAAAGAAUUAGAAGGGAACUAUAAGAAAAGAAUUGAUAAAAUGAAGAAGAAAUAUGAAGAAGCAGCCAGAAAACAAGGUGAAGAAUUCAACGAGUUUAGAAAGAAAUACACAGAGGACUUUGUAGCGUUGGUCGACAAACAUAUGGAGGAAGUAAAGGACCUGAAGGAAAAACAUGAGAGAGAAAUGAAAGAGGCCGAAGGGAGUCGUGACAAAAAGUACGAGCUGUUGGAAAAACUCUCAGAGCACAAAGAAAAACAUCUAAAAGGCGAAAUGGAGAAUUUGAAGAAAAAGCAUGAAGAAGAAGCAAAACAGAAAAAACAUCUAAAAGACGAAAUGGAGAAUUUAAAGAAAAAGCAUGAAGAAGAAGCAAAACAGAAAAAACAUCUAAAAGGCGAAAUGGAGAAUUUGAAGAAAAAGCAUGAAAAAGAAGUGACAGAUUUGAACGAAAAAUACAAAAACAGUUGUAUCAUUCUCUGAUCGCCCCACUGACUGAACUCUUGAUCAUUAUGAU